AGGCUUCCUUCGAGCCGGGUGUGGGCUUCCACAUUGGUUUUGAUCUACACAUGUGGCUUCAAUGUUGCUGCUUAAAGACAGUGGAACAGCGAUAAAGGUUAUUUGAAAACAUUUGUUUAAUUUGUAACAAUGUCUUCGUCAUUUUUUAUAAAGUCGAAAGGGAAUCCUAAAGCAACUAAAAAAGGAAAAGAUACUUCAGCGGUUAAACGGAAGGCAGAUGGAGACGCGAGCGGGAAGAAUAAAAUAAGAGCAAAGAAGUCCAGCAAAUAUAAUGAGGAGAUUUCCAGUGACUCGGAGGUGGAGAGCCCUGCAUUACCCAAGAAGAGGCAGGCCAAAGAGGAGAUUGAGUUUGAGGAAACUCCUCAGGAGAAGAAGCUCAGAUUAGCCAAACUAUACCUUGACCAAUUGAAAGAAGAAGAAGAAAGAAAAGCUGAAGGUGAGUCGUUUGAGACGGAUCAUAUAGCUGGACGACUUCAAGAAGAAGUGCUUGAGCAGAAAGGAAAGCUCCAGCGUCUUAUAGCCAAAGAUCUCAUGCCACCAGAUGUCUCGGAGAUCCGGGUGUUAAGAGGUCACAAAUUAGCGAUUACUUGUCUGGCUGUCACUCCUGAUGACAGAUGCAUCUUUUCAGCUGCUAAGGACUGCUCCAUUAUUAAAUGGGACAUUGAAAGUGGGAAGAAGCUCCAUACAAUACAUGGUGGAAGAAAAGGUACAGAAGACCGCCAUGUUGGACACACGGCUCACAUCCUGUGUAUGAGCCUUUCAUCAGAUGGGAAAUAUCUGGCAACAGGAGACAUGAACAAGCUGAUAAUGAUUUGGGAGGCAGAAACAUGUAAACAUCUGUAUAAAUUUACAGGACACAAAGGGCCUGUUUCGGGUCUUUCAUUCAGGAAGGGAACUCAUGAUCUGUACAGCGCUUCUCAUGACCGCUCAGUGAAGGUGUGGAAUGUAGACGAGAACGCAUACGUGGAAACUCUCUUCGGCCAUCAGGAUGCAAUCACAGGACUGGACAGUCUGAGCCGUGAACGCUGCGUCACAGCAGGUGGGCGGGACGGCACAGUGAGAGUGUGGAAGAUAGCUGAAGAGUCUCAACUGGUCUUCCACGGACACGAAGGUUCAAUUGACUGUGUUCAGCUCAUAAAUGAGGAGCACAUGAUAACAGGAGCAGAUGAUGGCUCAGUUUCUCUUUGGAGUGUCAACAAGAAGAAGCCCCUCAGCACGGUGAAGCAGGCUCACGGCUGCCAUGGUGAUGCAGGGAUGGAGCAGCCUCAUUGGGUGGCCUCAGUAGCAGCUCUUCAGAACUCGGACACUGUAGCCUCAGGUGCCUCUGGCUGUUCUCACAACUCACAAGUCAAUGUAUGGAAAUGUGGCCAGAACUUCCGCCGGCUGGAGCUUUUGUUUAGUGUGCCAGUGUCUGGUUUCAUCAACAGUCUGAAGUUUUCAAGCUCUGGGCAGUUCUUGGUGGCUGGAGUUGGACAGGAGCACAGGUUGGGACGAUGGUGGAGAUUGAAAGAAGCCAAAAAUGGGAUCUACAUCAUUCCUCUAAAACGAAAACCAUCUAAUGCAGAAGAAGAUAAACACCCAGAAUAAUAAACGUUUGUUGUAAAUUA